AUGCAAGGGGGGGCGGGGGAAGAGCCCAAGCCGACGACAGAAGAGGAGGAAGGCUCUCCCCAAAAGAGAGGGCGACAUCAAGAACAGACGUUGACGCUUGCUAUGCUGAAGGAGGUGCUCGCCCAGGAACGAGAGAUCGAUCGCCACCACCUUUCCAACAGCUUGGAAAGAGUUCAAGGGGAUGUGAAAGCCAUGAGUGGGAGAGUCGAUGCAGUUGAGAAAGGGGUGACGGUCCACAUGGAGCGCACCAUACAUAUGCUCAACAAGGUCACGGAAAACUACGACACCCAAGCCAAGGCCUUGGGGGAUCUCCGCGAGGCACAGCUCACCUUCGAAAAGCGCCUCGAGGCAUUGGAACAGAGGCCGCAAUUCUCUUCAGCCCCGGGGAGCACAGCAGAUACAGAGGGGGGUGGCAAUAAGCCACCAGCGCUCAUCAUUGGGGGAUGGCAUCCUGACCAGGCCGCAGAGGAUACCCUUCAAGCAGCUAAGGACAUCAUCAGGCGACUUGACAUUCAGCUUGAGGCCGAUGACGGGUUUGUUCCAGGCCUCCGCCGGGGAUACGCCAUACUUCCGAUCCGAGCAAGGCCCAUGGAAUCUGAGGGGGACAGACGCACCCGAGUUCAGCAGGCAAUCCAACGUGUGCGCAAUGCCAAUGUGACGACUGGCACUGACGAUCGGGGGAACAUGAGGAAGCUUUGGAUUGCCUUAUCCCAAAGCCCUGAACGCCGGCGCAGAGCCAAGCUUACUGGCAAAGUCAAGAGAACAAUUCUGGAAAUGGGGGGAGACAAGACCGCCUUAGAAGUCGAGUUCGCAACAGGAACAGUUUGGCUGUCCAAGAUCAAGGUUGCGAGCGCCACGGCUGAACGCCCAAAGGGGGCUGAGACGGCUGGCGUGGGGUGGGCCGACAUCACUGCUCUGGCCAAAGCGCUCCGCCGACCACUACCAGAAGUACGCGUGGCCUCUUGGAACGUAGGGGGGCUAACGGCACAACAUGUGCUGGAGCUUACCCCUCACUUCGCGGGGGACCCAGACCUUGACGCACUGCAAGUUCUCUUGCUGCAAGAAGUGAUUACCGAUGUUGGCGUUUCGUUUCAUGAACACAAUGGUUGGGUCCUUGUCUAUGGCAAGAACCAGGGAGAUUGGCGAGGCACCGGCAUAGCAUACAGAGGGGCACACAACAAACAUAGCAAUACACAGCUGUUACCUGCGGGGAUUGCAACAACACUGACCGCACAAGAUGGAAGGAGGGGGGUGCGCUAUCUCUCAGGACACAUCCCUCACCACGCCACCAUUGCCCAAACUGAGAGCAUCCUCGGAGCUUGGAAGGGCACCCUUAGCAAAGCCCGCGUUGUCCUGGGCAUGGAUGCGAAUGAGAUGUUCACGGACCGAGACGGCCAGGGCUGGCGGGGACACACGGGCAGGGGGGAAGUCAUCCUUACGGCGGUUGCCCACACCCAGCUCAGCACUCCGCAAUCACUGUCUACCCACACCUACCACCCCUACAACACCAGGAUGUCUUCCCGGCGGCUCGACUAUGUGAUGACCAGGGGGUUGCACUGCACACAAGGGGGGGUUAAGGAGGGCAGCCGGCACAUCGCCAGAUCGGACCACGACCUGGUCUGGGUGGACGUCCUAAGGGGAUCCCCCCCUCCCAAACCCCGCCCCACGUGGGGGGCACGCCGCUUUGCAGACGAAGUUGACCCGCAAGAGGCAACCCGGUGCCCACCCACACAAACUGACACCCCCCAGGCCAUCGCACAACUGGCUCAGCAACUCACCAGGCCGGGGAAGGCCACAGACCGUUACACAGAAAGCCCCGCACUGCGUCUCCUCCGCCGACAGGCGAGGGGGGCACCUGCGCAUCAAGCCAGAGAAGCAUGGAAAGCAGUGACACGAUUACGCCAACAGGAGGUGCGAGCAUGGCACAAGCAUCUUGUCAACAAAGCCAGCCAAGCCAAUUGGCGAGCCAAGCGCGCAUUCGACAUGACGCAAGCCAGAACGGGGUGGCAUCAUCAUUUGGUUGAUGCAGAGGGGUGGCAGGAAAAGCUGGUGGGACACUUUGCCAGCAUUUUUGCAAAGGCCCCGGCGGAGCGCACAGCACGCAACAUAGCAGACACCCGCCGGGCCCUCACCCUCCUAUGCAAGCACACACCAUGGCGGCCAUUCACGGGGGAGGACCUUCGCUUCGCUACCAGGACGUGGAAACGGGGGAAAGCUGCGGGACCGGACUCUAUCACGCACGAGCUCCUUUGGCUGCUCCUGCAAGAACCCCAGUGGGAAUGGCGUAUCCUUCACAUGAUGAACGACUUUCUGUACAAAGGAGCCAUUCCCGAGUCGGUCUUGAGGGGGGUCACGGUUUUACUGCCAAAGACCAUUGCGGAUCCGGUGUCAUGGGGGGAUACGAGACCCAUUACCUUGAGUUCCUCGCUACUCAAAUGGUUCUCGCAACUCCUACUGCUCCGUGGGGGUCGCAGAAUCACAGAGGGGGCACCACUGCAAUGGGGUUGCCGGGGCAAGCAAGCCCCAGAACUUCUGGUGGUGCUGAAGCGGGUGAUCCGCCACGCAAAGGAUUGGGGGAUCCCGACCUGGAUAGUCAAAUUGGACGUCCGAAAAGCAUUUGAUAGUGUGUGGCAGGAAAGUAUGGGGGAUAUGGUUGCCACGAAGGCGAGGGAAGUCAGGGUUGCGGUGGGGGACACACUUACCCAUGUCCCGCAAACGAAUGGGGUGCGCCAAGGCUCCCCUGAUAGUCCCGUGCUCUUUGGGCGUGUGGUUGCAGACGACCUCGAAACGGCCCUCAAAACCACCCAGGGGAUGCUCCCUCCAGCAGAGGGCCCACCACCACCACAAUCAGGGGGGGCGUAUAUGGAUGAUACCUACCUUUGGUCCCACGACAAACAUCACUUACAAGCAUCUCUCGCAGCGUUGGAGCGACAGCUCCGGCGGCAUGGCCUGACCAUCAACCCUGCCAAAACGGCAAUCAUUUUCAGCAUGAAGACGGGGGGGGGCAGCUUCCACAUUGGGGGGGAAGAGGUUGCCUGUCAGCCUUUCGGCACAGUCGUCACAGCGCUGGGGUCACCCAUUACCUUCGGGGAGGAAGUGGCUGCAACCAUCUCGGAGAUGCAACACAGAGCCCGGCGAGCAUUUCACAAGCACGCGAAGCUGCUUUGUGCACCCACAUCGUUGGACAGUGAGGAGAAUGAUGCACCCUGGGAGAAGUCCAGGAGAGUCGUGGGAGGAGUGGAAUGUGCGCACGCUGAGGGGCCAAUGCUUGCCUGGAAGAACCUAGAGUGGUGGGGAGCCUAUCUCCACCUCAGAGCAUUGCCGUAUGGG